GUUGAGGCCUCCGGGCAAUGCAGGCGUGGAUUUCGAGGGUCCGGAGAAGAGAAACCGCGGAUCUCACUUCGCGGUCCAGCAGGGGGUGGCUCUCCAGCUUCCGGGCGCGCUGGGGCCCCUCCUCCAACCCCGGCGGCCGGGUGGGCGCUUCCUGCCGCCCAGAACAGGCGUGUGGGUCCAGCUCCUUAAGGCCCCCGCAUCCUUUCGCUUCCACUCCCUGGGUUCCUAAACUCCGGCCCUCUUCCCCCUCGCUCUUUCCCGAAACCCCCGUCCCACAGCUCCCAGCCCCGCCUGGCCGGGCUCCCGCGGGCCCUGGUCAGGCAGCGGCGCCCAGAGCGCGCAGAGGCCGGGCGGCCGCCGCGUUCCGGCCUCGAACUCGCCGCCCCGUCUCCAGGCGCGGCCCGAGCUGGCCUGGUUCUGCUUCAGGACCCCUGCGAUGUCAGAGGUCGACUGACUGUGUUCAUCAUUAUGAACUUCCCUCUCAAACCUGCUUUUGCUGCAUCCCCCAAAUUUUGGUAAGCUGUAUUUCCAUUUUCAUUUGUCUCAAGGUAUUGCUUAAUUUCUCUUGAUUUCUUGUUGACCUGUUGGUUGUAUAGUAGCAUAUUGUUUAAGCUCCACAUAUAUGU